AUGGCUAGUACCUGGAGUCACGAGAGAGACAAGCAGUUGCUUGUGGCCAUCCUGGCCGUCCAUUCCCCGCUGAACUUCUCCUCGAUUGCUAAAGCGAUGGGACAGGGCAACAGCACUGCAGCUGUGAAGCAGCAUCUUUACACUCUGAAAGCCCGCCACGAGGGAACCUUUACGAAAUCUCCUACCAAGGACAAUGCCGACAAACCCACUGGCCGUAGCCGCAAGUCUACCAAAACCACUACCAAGCGCAAGACUGCAUCGGGCACCCAGUCUGAAAAGGACACCGUUGUGGAGAGCCAGGAUGAGCAUGGGGAUGAAUCCGCCUCCAGUCCUACUAAGCAACGCAAGCUCUAA